UGAGCCAACCGUGACGUACGCGUCCAGUCAUUGUCAUAGUCAGGAAGAGGGUAUAUAAAUAAAAGUCGACUGGAGAUUUAAUCAGACGAUUACCAAGUACUAAGAGGUGAAGAUGGAUGCCUUGCAAGGCGUGGUGUUAUUUUUGAUUCUAACAGUUUCUCUUGUGGCGACUCAGUCCACCACUAAUGACCCAGUUACUUCCGAUACUUCUUCACCUGCCCCUGAAAUCACAUUCCCAGGAAACUUCACCGAUGAAAACACAACAGCAAUAACAGUAGGGGGAGUUUUUGUCCGCGUUCUUGGACAGUCCGGAAAAUUUAUCAUGGGGCGAACCAGUAACCCCAAUGAAGAUCCUAACGCACUAAAAGUGGCUUUUGACGCCAUAAGAGAACUGGACAAAGAUGGCGCCGUCAUAGGAAAGGGCGGUCGCGUUAAACACAGCUUCAAUACGUUUGCCAGUCAAUCGUUUAUGUUUUCUAAUAUCACCGACGACCAGUACCAGAAUCUGUCCGCCAAACGACUGGACUUUGUCGCUAACCUGACGUCUGUUGGUGCCACGCUGACCGCCCAAAUGUAUCUAUUUGAAGAGGAAGGAAACAUCACGCAAGAUGAUGAGGUCAGUCAGGUGUCCAAGGGAACGCUCAAGUUCAACAUUGUGCUUGAGAACUGGUCAUUCUGUGGUAUGAAUGAAGAAAUUUGUAGACAGGGAUCAAAAACGUCCGUCGGGGAAUACAUCGAAUUCGUCAUAGCAAUAAAGGGUAAGAAGUCUGGAACGAAGAAGGGGGGAGGGAGAAAGAAGAGAACCAAUGCUCAGGAGUACGACAUGGGCGGGGAUGCUUCUGUUGUCCUCUCCGGCAAGGCUAGGUACGACAGUAGUUCAGCAUACGAGAAUCUGCCAGAGGGAUUUCCAAAAACUGAAAUGAAAGGUUCCAGCCAGCUUUUCGUGUUUCGGUUCAGGAAAUUCAAUACCUCGGUGUUUUACGACCCCCAGCUGAACCUGGACGGUAACGACACGACAGGAGAGUCCACCACUCAGACCCCAACAAGCCCCGAAUCCACGCUGUCAGCUGCCCAGAUCACCACCAAGAUCCUGGGUAGAUCUGGCAAGAUGACAAUAGGGCGUGGCAGCAAUCCAGACACUGAUGCCGACAAAGUUCAGGUCACGUUCGAUGAAGUGAAGGAAAUCGAUAGCAGUGGAAAUCCAGUCGGGGCUAGUGGAGCAAUGAAACACAGCUUUAAUACAUUCGCAAGCCUUGACUUUACUUUCUCUGCUUUGGAAGAUACUUCAUUUGCAGGUAUCACAGCCAAGAGAUUGAACUUUACUGCUGACAUUGAAAGUGUUAACGCAAAGCUCACAGUUCCAGUUUACAUCUUUACAAAUGGCGGGGUCAUCUCCAUAGACGGCGAAAGUUCGACCGUCACAGCCGGAACUGUUAAAUUUAACAUACAGAUAGAAGGCUGGCAGUUCUGUGGUAACUCCGGGGUCACCUGCAAGCAAGGAUCUAAAGAUGAAGUAGGGGAUGCUAUAGAAUUCGUUAUUACCAUAAAAGGCAAGGGAACUCAACAACGAAAAACGACCGACAAGAGGACAGACGGCGAGGAGUUUGAGUUGGGGGGAGGCAGCUCUGUUCUCCUCUCGCGAAAGAUUAGCGUAGAUGGUGGAAACUACACAGAUAUGGCCACAGGAUACCCUAAACUGGAAACCAAGGGUGGGAAGCAGUCGUUUGUAUUCCGAUUCCCGAAAUUUACUUCAUCCGUUCUCUACGAUCCCCAAAUUGUGUUGGCAACUCCCGACGCCAGCGGUUCCAAUGUCGUCACUUCCUCUCUCAGCAUUUUGAUCACGUGUCUAAUGGUCCUAGUCUCAAGGCUUCUUCAUUAGAAUGAAAAAAAAAAUCAUCGGCAGCAUAAUAACCAAUGGUCGAAUCUCAAGUCAGCUUAAUGCAAUGUGGUCUGUAUGCAUACAGCGUAACUGUGUAUUGAAAGUGUACAUUUAGCAUAAUGUCUUCAUUUAUCAUCCGUUAUCUAUCUGUGUGAAAGAGUAUAAGUAAUUAUGGGUGCUGGCAUCCAAUCUAAGGAGGAUGUGUACGUGCGAAGGACAUGCCUUUCAUUUUUCCAAUGUUUGUUUAUAUUUGUUAUACUUAUAUUAAUAUAUUACAUUAAUAAAAUGUUUAAUAUCAUUAAA